AUGGGGGCCGGGGCCAGCGCCGAGGAGAAGCACUCGCGGGAGCUGGAGAAGAAGCUGAAGGAGGACGCUGAAAAGGACGCCCGCACCGUGAAGCUGCUGCUGCUGGGGGCCGGCGAGUCGGGGAAGAGCACCAUCGUCAAGCAGAUGAAGAUCAUCCACCAGGACGGGUACUCGCUGGAGGAGUGCCUGGAGUUCAUCGCCAUCAUCUACGGCAACACGCUGCAGUCCAUCCUGGCCAUCGUGCGCGCCAUGUCCACGCUCAACAUCCAGUACGGCGACUCGGCGCGCCAGGACGACGCCCGGAAGCUGGUGCACAUGGCGGACACCAUCGAGGAGGGCACGAUGCCCAAGGAGAUGUCGGACCUCAUCCAGCGGCUGUGGGAGGACGCGGGCAUCCAGGCCUGCUUCGAGCGCGCCUCGGAGUACCAGCUCAACGACUCGGCGGGCUACUACCUGAAUGACCUGGAGCGCAUCGCCCAGAGCGACUACAUCCCCACCCAGCAGGACGUGCUGCGCACCCGCGUGAAGACCACCGGCAUCGUGGAGACCCACUUCACCUUCAAGGACCUGCACUUCAAGAUGUUCGACGUGGGCGGCCAGCGGUCGGAGCGCAAGAAGUGGAUCCACUGCUUCGAGGGCGUGACAGCCAUCAUCUUCUGCGUGGCCCUGAGCGCCUACGACCUGGUGCUGGCGGAGGACGAGGAGAUGAACCGCAUGCACGAGAGCAUGAAGCUGUUCGACAGCAUCUGCAACAACAAGUGGUUCACGGACACGUCCAUCAUCCUCUUCCUCAACAAGAAGGACCUGUUCGAGGAGAAGAUCACGCACAGCCCCCUGACCAUCUGCUUCCCCGAGUACACAGGGGCCAACAAGUACGAGGAGGCGGCCGGCUACAUCCAGAGCAAGUUCGAGGACCUGAACAAGCGCAAGGACACCAAGGAGAUCUACACGCACUUCACCUGCGCCACCGACACCAAGAACGUGCAGUUCGUCUUCGACGCCGUCACCGACGUCAUCAUCAAGAACAACCUGAAGGACUGCGGCCUCUUCUGA